AUGAAUGGAGAAAGUGAGAUAGUUUGGUCAUCAAAUGUUACGACAUCUUCAGUUAAUGCCAGUGCCCAGCUUUUGAACACUGGAAAUCUCGUUCUGCGAGAUUUAAGUGGGCGUCCGUUGUGGGAGAGUUUUGGGCAUCCGUCCAAUAAUUUUUUGCCUACUUUGAGGAUAGUUGACAACAUAAAUACAGGUAAUAAGGUGGUCGUGUCCUCAUGGAAAACCCCGACAGAUCCCGAAGUUGGAAAUUUCACAGCGGGUCUCCAGGCUCUGAAUAUUCCUCAAAUCUAUACUUGGAAUGGGAAUCGUCCACACUGGCGAAGUGGUCCAUGGAAUGGGCAGAUUCUUAUUGGUGUACAAGAUAUGUAUUCUGUUUACCUGGAUGGAUUCACUGUGGUCAACGAUUCUUCAGGAACUUACUAUUUUACUGCGCCAGAGGGGAAAUUCUUGAUGAGAAUUACGUUGAAUUCUACGGGGAGUUUGGUUCAAACGUUGUGGAAUGAUCAGACACGGAAUUGGGAUACUACAUGGUUGGCUCCUCAACAAGAAUGUGAUGUUUAUGGGACUUGCGGGCCAUUUGGGAGUUGUAAUGCUCUGAGUUCGCCUAUUUGUUCUUGUCUGAGAGGGUUUCAACCAAAGAAUUCCGAGGAAUGGGGAAGUGGGAACUGGUCUGGCGGAUGUGUCCGAAGCAAACCUUUGCUUUGUGAUCGCAACAAUAAUACGAGCAGUGGUGGCAAAGAAGACGGAUUCUUGAGGCUUCUGUCUAUGAAAGUGCCAGAUUUUCCUGAACAGGGACCCUCUAGGCCGGUAGAGGAAUGUAGAAGUCUCUGCUCGAUGAAUUGCUCGUGCAUAGCCUAUGCACGUGACACGAAUCUUGGUUGUAUGUUCUGGAGCCAAGAACUGAUUGACGUUCAGCAAUUUUCUAACGUUGGUGAAGAUCUUUACAUUCGUCUAGCUUCUUCAGAACUAGAUGAGCACAAAGACAAAAAGCUGAUUAUUAUCAUUCCAAUAGUGGUGGGUCUGGUUGCCAUUUUGAUUUGCAUCUUCAUUUAUUGGUGGUUAAUGGCUAGGCGAAAAGGAGCCAAAGGAAAAGUAGAUGCAAAGUUGUAUGAAGCUGGGCAAACAUAUCUAUCAGCUUCGGCCGAAAUAGUGCUUAAAGAUGAUAUGGAUAAAGUUAAUCUUGAAGAGUUUCCAUUAUUCACCUUAGACGUGUUUCUGUUUGAUCCUUCACAUCCAUCACAGAAGAUUCUCGAUUGGAAGAAACGUUUUAGUAUCAUUGAAGAUUUUGGAAUGGCAAGAAUAUUUGGAGGCAACCAAGAUCAAGCCAACACUGGAAGAGUCGUAGGAACUUACGGAUAUAUGGCGCCAGAAUAUGCCAUGGAAGGAAGAAUUUCUGAAAAAUCUGACGUUUAUAGUUUUGGCGUUCUGAUGUUAGAAAUCGUGAGUGGGAAAAAGAACACCAACUUCUACAAUCACGAAUGGUCGUUAAGCCUUUUGGGUUGUGCAUGGAAAUUAUGGAAUGAAGACAACGGUUCAGCCUUCAUAGAUCAAACGAUAUACAAAGCCGAAUUCCAGGGAGAGAUGGUGAGGUGCAUUCACAUUGCACUAUUGUGUGUCCAAGAAUUCCCUAAUAACCGGCCUACAAUUUCGACUGUUCUUGCAAUGCUCAGUCGGGAAAUUGUGGAUUUGCCUGUGCCGGAGCAACCGGUUUUUGCCGAGAAGUGGAACCGUAGUCAUAUCACCUCUUCCCAGAUGGGUGUCUCCAUUAACGAUGUCACUUUUUCAGUGCUUGAUGGACGAUGA